ACGAUUUGACACAUUUUUCUCGUGAUUACUGUGUUGAGUGGUUUUGCAAUUUGUGAAUUUAUUUGUUUUCAUUGUGUAAUUAACAAAUAACAAAAAUGCAAGGAAACAAAACUUGUUCCGUUAGCGGAUGUGCGGCCAGGGUGAAGCCAAUAUUUGCAUUCCCCCAUCCGAAGCGGGGCCUUGAUAGGUUUAUGGCGUGGGUUAAAGCCGCGAAUAACCCAAAAUUCGCGGCUUUAACAAAUGCCCAAAUCUAUCGCAGGGGGUAUACAUAUUUGCUUCCAACAUUUCCAACCCGAGGAUUUUGUACCAGAAUCACAAAGGCUGCGUCGAUCUGCAGUACCAACCAUUUUGCCUUCUCGAGCUGAUACUGGCAUUAGUCUAAGAUCACUCGAGGCAAAUCAGAUUGAUGUGGCCGAUGUGGGACCGCAGACCAUUGAUCUCACCUACCUCUCUCCAAAAAAGGAAUGGCCAUAUUUUUAUGCAAUCUCCAGUUUAUCUCCACGUAAGAGACGUUCUCCUAGUUCUCAAAGUCUAGAUACUGAAUCAGAGACACCGAGGGCUGGAGGUACGUGGAGUAGUGGCAUUCCAGGGCAACAACAAAAUUUUGGAGCAGAAAAAGAUGAGAUCAAUGAGCUCCCUUGUGCUGGACCUUCGGGGUUACAAAAUUUUCGAAAAAUAGAUUUUGUUGGAAGCAAUGUACUCCCUGAAGAACGGUGCGCAAAUAUUUGUUUGCAAAGACAGCAAACUUCACGAAAUAUUCUGGAUCGCCUAGGUGUGAAGAAACGACGUCUCAUCGACUUCACGCCUAGCGAACAGAAGCUUUAUGGCGAAGCAAAACGCCUGCAAAGGCAAGUGGGCCGUCUCCAAAGACAAGCCCACAAAAGAAAGAACGCUUUGCACUCCGCAAGAAAACUUCUGCGGGAUCGGCGGUUUGUUGAACUGAUAGAAGGUCUAACUCCCGUCCAACAGCGGUUUUUCGAAAAUCAGAUUAGAAACGUAAACCGUAAACCAAAAGGCAGAAGUUUUACGUUUGAGGAAAAGGCAGACGCCAUUGCCAUUUGGAAAAAUGGCCCUAAAACGUAUAAACUUCUGUUCAAAAUGUUUACGUUGCCGUCUAUUGACACUCUGAGGGCAACCCUAAAUAGAGUUCCAAUAGAACCGGGUAUCAACAAACCCAUAUUCGAAGUUCUCGGAAAGCAAGUAAGUCGUAAAAUGGACCCCAAGUACAACUUGUGUACUCUCAUCUUCGAUGAGAUGUCCAUUCAGCCUCACCUUGACUACUUGCCUUGUGAGGACAGAGUUGUGGGUUUUGAGGAUGACGGUACAACAAGGACGAAAAAAAUUGCAGAUCAUGUUUGCGUAUUUAUGCUAAGAGGAAUUUUCGGAAGGUGGAAGCAACCUGUUGCUUUUGCUUUUUGUAAAAACUCUAUGCCUGCCGUAAACAUUGUCCGCUUUUAUAAAGAAAUUGUGAAAGAGGCAACAGCGAUAGGUUUAAACAUCAUUGCUUCCGUUUGUGAUCAAGGCACUACAAACAGUGCUGCAAUCGAUAUGCUUUUGCAAGACACCAAACGACGUGCUAUUUUGGAAAAUGGAACAGGAAUUAAAGAGAAUGUGAUAAGAAUUGGUGAUCACGAAAUUAUCCCUCUCUUUGAUCCUCCUCAUCUUCUAAAAAGUAUGCGGAACAAUCUUCUCACCAAAGAUCUGCUUUAUUUAGAUAAAGCAGGUGUGGAGAGAAGAGCUUCUUGGAGUUUUUUUGAAAGGGCAUAUGGAUUGGAUCAGAUGCUGGGUGAAAAUGUAAGAAUGAUGCCAAAGAUCACCAUAGACCAUGUGAAGCCGAACUUAAGAGGCAAAAAAAUGAAAGUUCGUUAUGCUUCACAGGUCUUUAGCCGUGGUGUUUCUUCUUUCAUGAAUUUCUGUUCCGACCGGAGAUUUGGGGGAUCCUUACCACUUGAUGCUCAAUACACUUCCGAUUUUUUUCUCUUCAUGGAUUCUGUCUUUGACAGCGUAAAUGGAGGAUUCGGAGACUGCGGUGGUAAGAACUUACGUAAAUUGGUAGGAGUUAAUAAUUACCAUCAUUCUUGUUGGUUAGAAGGAAAACGCAUGUUCAGUAAUAUGAGAUUUGAACCACGUAAAGCUGGAGAUCAAGCAAAGCCCCCAGUUUUACAGGGGUGGUAUCGCACUUUAAAUGGUUUUAUGAUUAUCAAGGAAACUCUAAAGAAGCUUGGCUAUAACUUUUUCCCAGCAAGAGCUUUUAACCAAGAUCCUUUAGAGAAUUUUUUUGGUCAAUUAAGACAAUAUGGAGUACGAUAUACAAAUCCUACUUGUCGAGCAUUCGUGCCAUUUUAUAAAUCACUAGUGAUGAAGAAUUUUUGCUCCUAUCAUUCUCGUGGAUCUAAUUGUGAGCAAGAUGACGACUCAUUUAUGGUCACAAUUAGAGAGUUUCUUGGUCUUCAAAUAAACCGAAAGUGUAUCGAAGAUCAGUGGAAGCCGCCACCAGUUCCUGAUAGAGUAUCUAAGGACAAUAUUUAUGAUCAAAACAUCAUAGGCUAUAUUGGCGGAUUUUUAGUCAAACAUAUGCCAAAACCACUUGACUGUGAAAUCUGUCGAUGUAACUUAAUACAUAACGGCGUUCCAGAUAUUCAGUAUCAUGGCCUGGUGGAAAAGAAAGAGUACGAUGGUGAAAACAGACGGUUACAAUACACGAAUGUGGAGAGCACUUACGGCUUCAAUAUAGCCCAGAUUGAUCUGACCGUAUGUCGUCGAUCCAAUGAGGCUCUAGAGCCGAGUCAACGAUGA